AUGUCGCAGCCCAAGAACUGGCCCAGUGCCUUGCCAUAUCUCAAAGCCCCUCUGCACAGCAAAGAACUAACACCGACACACCUCGCCGCCCUCCACGCCCGACCCUCCUCUUCCUCCUCCGACACCAGCAGCGGCAGCAGCUCCAUGCCCAUCAUGCCCGCCUCCGAGACGCCGAUUCCGUGCCCGCGCGUCAGGAUCCAGGCCAUCCAGCUCCCGUCGCACCCCGCCCACGGCCAGCAUGGGCUCUUUGCGACGCAGCACCUCAAGCCCGGCAGCCUGAUCCUCGCGUACCUUGGCCGCGUGCACGGGAGCACGGGAGCAGCCGCAGCGUCCGACUACGACCUGUGGCUGGACCGGGACGCGGACGUGGCGGUGGACGCGGCGCGGCAGGGCAACGAGGCGCGGUUCGUGAAUGAUUUUCGCGGGAUCGGGCCGCGCGCGAACGCAGAGUUUCGGAGCGUCUUCUGCGAGAGAUGGGGGCAGGUCUGCGUGGGCGUGUGGGUGCUGGGGACGGAGACGGGGACGACGGGGAAGAGGAAGAGCAAGAGCAAGAAGGGUGGCGCGGUGGCGGCGGGAGGGAAAAGGAGUGGUGAUUGUGGCAUCAGAAAGGGAGAGGAGAUUCUGGUGAGCUAUGGAAAGGGCUUCUGGGAAGAGAGGAGGAGGGAGAUGGAGGGUAGUGGUGUGGAGGACGGAGGUGGUGGUUGA